AUGGAGAAAGAAGAGCAAGAGAAGAAGGAAGGGAAACUGACCCUGGUGCUGGCCCUGGCAACAUUGAUAGCUGCCUUCGGUUCAUCUUUCCAAUAUGGGUACAACGUGUCUGCGGUCAACUCACCAUCAGAGUUCAUGCAACAAUUUUACAACAACACCUACAAUGAAAGAACUGGGGAUUCCCUUGAUUCCUUCACCCUGACGCUGCUGUGGUCUGUGACGGUGUCCAUGUUCCCCUUUGGGGGCUUCAUAGGCUCUCUCCUGGUUGGACCCUUGGUGGAUAAAUUGGGCAGAAAGGGGGCCCUGCUCUUCAACAAUAUAUUCUCCAUCAUCCCAGCCAUCCUAAUGGGGUGCAGCAAAGUUGCCAAAACCUAUGAGCUUAUCAUUGCUUCCAGACUUCUGGUUGGAAUAUGUGCAGGUGUAUCUUCCAAUGUGGUCCCUAUGUACUUAGGGGAACUGGCCCCUAAAAACCUGCGAGGGGCUCUUGGGGUGGUGCCCCAGCUCUUCAUCACCGUCGGCAUCCUUGUGGCCCAGCUGUUUGGCUUUCGGGAUCUCUUAGCCAAUGAGGAAGGCUGGCCGAUCCUCCUGGGGCUGACUGGGGUGCCCGCAGCCUUGCAGCUCAUUCUCCUGCCCUUCUUCCCUGAGAGCCCCCGCUACCUGCUGAUCCAGAAGAAAAACGAAUCAGCCACCGAGAAAGCCCUGCAGAGGCUUCGAGGUUGGGAAGACGUGCAGUGGGAAAUAGAGGAGAUCCGGAAGGAGGACGAGGCUGAGAAGGCCGCGGGCUUCAUCUCUGUGUGGAAGUUGUUCAAGAUGCGGUCCCUGCGCUGGCAGCUCAUUUCCAUCAUUGCCCUCAUGGCCGGCCAGCAGCUGUCAGGAGUGAACGCGAUCUACUACUACGCUGACGAGAUCUACCUCAGCGCAGGUGUGAAAAGCAACGACGUCCAGUUUGUGACAGCUGGGACAGGGGCAGUCAAUGUGUUCAUGACCAUUGUCACGGUAUUUGUGGUAGAGCUUUGGGGACGGCGACUUCUGCUCCUCCUUGGCUUCGCCACCUGCCUCACCGCCUGUAUCGUGGUGACGGUUGCACUGGCUCUGCAGAACACCAUCACCUGGAUGCCUUAUGUCAGCAUUGUCUGCGUCAUCGUCUAUGUCAUCGGACAUGCCCUAGGGCCCAGUCCCAUCCCUGCCCUGCUCAUCACGGAGAUCUUCCUACAGUCCUCCAGGCCAUCCGCCUACAUGAUCGGGGGCAGUGUCCACUGGCUCUCCAACUUCGCCGUGGGGCUCAUCUUCCCAUUCAUUCAAGUGGGUCUCGGUGCCUACAGCUUCAUCAUCUUCGCGGUAAUCUGUCUCCUCACCACCAUCUACAUCUUCAUGGUCAUCCCGGAGACCAAGGGCAAGUCAUUCAUUGAAAUCAACCAGAUUUUCGCCAAGAAGAACAAGGUGUCAGACGUCUACCCAGACAAGGAGGAACUCCAAGACCUCCCACCUGCCAUGAUUCAGUAG